UUCUAGCCACAGUUUACCGGUUGCCUUCUGACCGACAGAUCGAACACGCCAAUCGAGCGCAGUGCACUCAAUCAAGUGAACACACAACACAAUAUCCCGAAUAUUCCGCAUAUCCCGAAUCGGCAGGAAGUGGCAGGAUAUCGAAUCUGCGAGCCAGUGUCAAGUGUUUAAGUGCGAAACCCGAAGAGGAAAUACCCAUCCAUCCAGCAGCAUGUUUAAGUUUGUGUGCCUGUUUGCGCUGAUCGCCUCCACGGCGGCGGCUGCCUCGGAAGCGGACAGCCUGCUGACCAGCGCCCUCAAAAUGGUCAAGGAUUGCGGCGAGCGCUCGAUGGUCCUGUGCAUGAAGGAGCGCGCCCUGCACUAUUUCGACACCGAAAACGGAGAUGUGCGGCUGACUGAGGGCAUUGCCCUGGUGAAAACCGAUGAGAUCCCGGUGGGUCGUUCCCUCAACGACAUGCAGCUGCCCGAGGAGGUGGAGGCCAGGGAGGCCGAGGUGGACUCCCUGCUGGUGGAGCGCGUGGCCCGCUUCUUCGGCACACACACGCUGCAGUUCAAGGUGCCCAAGGACUCCAUCCAGGACAUGCAGCGCGCCCUCGAGGAAUCUCGUGGCAAGAAGAAGGAGAAGAAGAAGUACCUGAUGCCCCUGUUGAUGCUCUUCAAGCUGAAGAUGGCCGCCCUGCUGCCUUUGGCCAUCGGCUUCCUGGCCCUGAUCUCCUUCAAGGCCCUGGUCAUCGGCAAGAUCGCCCUGCUGCUGUCCGGCAUCAUUGGGCUGAAGAAGCUGCUGGAGUCCAAGAAGGAGAAUUACGAGGUGGUGGCGCACCCGCACUACGAGCACGAGCACAGCUAUGGACGUUCGCUGCCCGUGGAGGACUCGCAAGCCCAACAGCUGGCCUACGCGGCGUAUAAGCAAUAAGCUGGAAGCUACUUGAUUUGCCAAAUAAUUGAAUGCUGAAUGCUGAGGCAACCAUCAGUGCAAUACUCGGAGGGCCGUCUAAUUUAUUCUAUUUAUUUAAUUUAUUUGUAUAGCAUAGUUCAUGCCAGGCUUACACACACACACACACACUCACACAUAGUAAGGCGCCAUCAAGAGAAAUAGAAAACAGAAUGUAGAGCUCAGAGCCCACAGCAAAUAGGUCUAAGAAACAAUCAGCUGGGGGCUGCAGCCGAGGGGCUGACCUGGCGUCGUCGUUUAAUCCUAAUCUUAAAAUGAAUGCUAACUUUUGUAUUAAUACUCAGAGCUUUACUGUUGGCCACUGCCUCAAAACUCUACGCUUACUACCUGACUCAACUCAACCUAAACUAAACUAUUAAACUAAACUGCCUAACUCUAAACUACAGCUAGGCGCGGGUAUUAGCCCCCUUGGCCAAGCCCCUUCACACAAAUCAAUAAAAGCAAUGCCGCAUUUAUCUCGAACCGA